GACCCUCAGCGGCGUGUGAGAAGAAGUUCAGAGAGAGAGUGAGAGAGAGAGAGAGAGAGAGAGAGAAAGAGAAAGAAAGAAAGAGCUGCACUGCUCAGUUAUAUUGAAACGUUAUUUGCUAAUUUAAAAUUCAAGCAUUUAUUUCUAAGUCACAUUUUCCCAGAAGACAGAAUGGCAGCAGACUGGUUGGGCAGCCUUGUUUCAAUCAACUGUGGUCCGACUUUGGGAGUGUACCAAGGAGAAGUGUCCUCGGUUGAUCAGGCCAGUCAGACCAUCUCCCUCAAACAACCGUUUCACAAUGGCGUCAAGUGUCCAGUGCCUGAGGUCACUUUCAGCGCUAUGGACAUCAAAGAGCUCAAAAUCUUGGAAAUCCGUAACGGCUCCAAUGGAGUCACAAAGCGGAGUGUUCCUGAAUCCGGCUCCUCCAUAACUGGUUACAUUGGACGCAAGGACAAAGGUGGAGGUAGUGGAGUCAACAGUGCUCCUGUAAAUGUGCCCAAAGCUGAGCCCAGGCUUCAGGAUGGAGGCAUGUCUCCAUCACAGCACUACUCCAAGAGCUAUGUAGAGCGCCAUGUAGAGAUGAUAGGCCAGGGUAAAGGCUUCAGACGAAGACACAACUCAUGGUCGUCCAGCAGUAGAGGACCAAAUCAGGUCACGCCGAAGAAGAACGGCUCAAAGAAUGGCCAGAUGAAGAACAAAGAUGAUGAAUGUUUUGGCGAUGGCAUGGACGACGUUCUAGAUGAGGACUUUGACUUUGAGGGGAACUUAGCUCUCUUUGACAAAGCCGCUGUCUUCUCGCAGAUCGAUUCAUCCGAUCGGAGAGGUAACGGUGCACGGACACGGGGGAAUCCUGCAGAGCAGACGCCCUCGCGUUACCGACAUGACGAAAACAUUCUGGAAGCCAAGCCUGUCGUGUACAGACAGAUCAUAGUGCCUCAGUCGGGGGCAAAGGAGUAUAGCACUGAUUCGGGGCUGGUGGUCCCCAGUAUCUCAUACGAGUUGCACAAGCGCUUGCUGAGUGUGGCUGAGAAUUACGGUCUCUCUCUGGAGCGCAGGCUGGAGAUGACUGGUGUGUGCGCCAGUCAGAUGGCUCUCACACUUCUCGGAGGCCCAAACAGGCUCACACCUAAAAAUUUGCACCAGCGUCCAACGGUGGCUUUGCUGUGUGGGCCGCAUGUACAGGGAGCUCAGGGAAUCAGCUGCGGCCGCCACCUGGCCAACCACGAAGUGGAGGUCAUCCUCUUCCUCCCCAAUUUUGUGAAGAUGCUGGAAGCCAUCACCAGUGAACUUGCACUAUUCGGCAAAACGGGUGGCAAACAGGUUUCCAGCGUCAAAGAUUUACCAGAUACCCCAGUGGACCUGGUCAUAAACUGUCUCGACUCUCAUGAGAACACUUUCCUGAGGGACCAGCCGUGGUACCGGGCAGCGGCUGACUGGGCCAAUCAGAACCGAGCCCCUGUGCUCAGUAUAGAUCCUCCAGUGAGUGGGCAGGAGCAAGCUGUGGAGGCGAAGUGGUCCCUCUGCCUGGGCCUCCCACUCCCACUGCCAGAGAGAGCGGGCCGAGUCUACCUGUGCGACAUCGGCGUCCCGCGCCAAGUGUUUCAGGAAGUGGGCAUCAAGUAUCACUCACCCUUCGGCUGCAAGUUUGUCAUCCCACUGCACUCAACAUAAACAUACUCUAACCCAGACUGUAACCGGGUCAGGCACAGGGUCAGUGAGCCAGAACCUGCCUUAAAUCCAAGGGGGAUCAGAUGUCGGUGUGAGCGAGCUCCUUCUGUUGUGUUACUGAAUCCAGCAUCUUAUUUCUGUUACAUUCUUUAAAGCUAUAUACAAAUCCUGGAUGUUGAAUUGGGAAAAGGAAGAAGGCUGGAGGAGCACACCCAGCUUGUGGUUCUGCCCUCUUUCCAUCUCUCUGCGUGUUUACCGUGGAACCAGCCUCUGACACUUUCUGCAUUUUAUUUUGAAUUUAACAGUCUUUAAUUGAUUCUUUAUAGUCUUUACAGACUAAUGAUGUGGUUUGAGCUGCGGAGCUCAGAUCUGUUUGCACAAAGACGUGAUAUUUCAUCUUAUUAAAUGCUGUAAAGAUGACACCAACACAGAACCAGAACGAUCCUACUUGGGACUAUUUUGCUUAGUUUCCUUUCAGUGCUCUAGAGUUAUUUUGUAUUGAGAUGAAUUCAUUGAGUUUCGUUCUUCCUCGUCUGGGGAAAAAAAUUGUAGCAUUUAGGGUUUUUAUUAUUUUUUUUCAAGCUUGUGCCAAAUGUGAUCAAAGUCAGCACUGAUGUGCGGAGUCUAAAGUCCCUGGGUUAUUUAAAGAGGUAAUCAAAGCCUUGUUUGACUUUCUGUUGCCCAAGCAGGAAGGAUUCUUACUGAAAAUAUUUGUUCUUUUUUUCUCUCAGUACCAUACUGGCUAAUUUUAUUUGCUGGCCUGAAUGACAGACAAACACCAACAUUUCACCUCACUUAUUCAACCGUUUUAUUUUUCUUACAAGAAUUGUGGAGCAGUUUAGGUACCUUUGUCUGAUGCGACAAUAAUAAUAGCCUUAUUUGGAAACAACUACAUAUAUACUAUAUGAUGAUGUGCACUUUUAUACAAGUUUCAUGAUCAACAGAUAUACAAACAACAAUAAGCUGUCAAAGUCCAAGCUGUUGUAUUUGAAAGUUUAACACUUUCAGUUUUAGAUUAUACUGAGACUUUAAAGAAAAUCUACCAUUUGUUUGCUUGAGAAAAGGAACUUUUCAAAUUGUUCAAUGUUAAACAUUUUAACUCUGUUGGUCUUGUUGACUGAACAAUGUAUUAUUUUCGUCACCCUUAAUACCUUUUUGUAGAGUUAAUUUUUUGUUUUGUAAUUUUAUUACCUGCCCUCUUUUUUUUAAAUAUAAGUUUUCUCUUAAUUUUUCUUUAGGCUUGUUUGUUUUGUCGUUCACAUUCACUCAUCAGUGGAGAAAUUUACAAAUGGAUUGGAUGUAUGCCGAGAUAUUUCCACAGUUUAACCUAACUUUACACGAGUAGGAAAGCGUGGUGGCAUUCAAGAUGCCCCAUUUGAAUCACGACGGUGAAGUAUGAUUAAGCAGACACAUGAGUAGAGUGGUUUUAUUCUUCCCUCUGUCUCUGUGUUGCCAGUGUCCUUAGCAUUAACGUGGCUGUAUGGGAAUUCCUGGAUAGGCCACCUAUUGUGAAAUUUAGCAGAAAUGUUAUAUACAUGUUUGUGGACAAUGUUAGAAUGACAAGAAAAUGUAUAUGAAGUGCUUCUUUAAUGGACAACAAUAAUAGUUUACUGCAUAUCAUUGCCUAUUCCCCAUCAUAGGUGCACUCAUCAUUUGUCAAGUAGCGAAUAUUAGCUGGUUCAGAGGAAAAACUGCUUUUCGUUUCUAAAAAAUAUAAAGCUAGAAUCCUUAUCUCUCCUGUGUUGGGAGGAAAAUGUAAAGUAUAAGAAUGAACGUGCUGACGUUAUGUCUAUCAUUAUAGUAAAAGACCAGAAGGCAGUUGUGAAAAGGUUGUACAAAGUGCCAAAUGUGUUGCUGAGUCGAAAUCUAGACAUUUAUAAUAGAUCAGCUGAACUUGCACUAUCUUUCCUGAAGCGUAAGGUAUUAAUUAGCCCAGUGUCAUUUAAAGCAGGCACUUAAAACAUAGCUAUAAAUGUGUCUAGCUUAGUUUUCAGCUGUUAAUGAGUUCUCAGUCACAGCAAUGCAGCCAACAGGGUUUGGAUUUUUGCCUUGUUGUCAUUGACGUUUGCAAUAUUAAAUCUUGAAGGAACCGUGGAUCUAUGCAGUGAUUAGGCAAAGUCGAAUCAACAUUUGAGAACUGAUGUGAUCUGGAGGCAGUAGGCUGUCACACAGCUGACCAACUAUUAACUGGCCUUUAAUGUAAGACAUUCUGGUAUAACUUUCAGCAUUAUGAAAUUUUUGGAUUUUGUUUCUUGCAUACGUGCUUUGUAAGCACGAAUUGGUGAGAACUGAAUCUUCCAGAUAUUCCUAAAGAAUAGUCCUGGUCAUUUAUUUGCAUUUUAAUAGUUGUUAUUUUUUUUCCCCUCCAUAUUUGGAGUUUUUGAAAGCUGACAUGAAGCUAGAACUGAUGCUGCUCAAAGUGUUCAUUUAUAUACACUUAUUUAUAUUGCAGUGAUUUUUUUUUUUUUUUUUUUUGUUCAAUUUGAAUUUGUGGUUCACCUCAAACCAGUCGGCUUCGAUUCACUCCAGCGGAUACGCCUUUUUUUUUUUUUUUUUUUUUUUUUUUUUUCUUUCCUUUCUUUCUUUCUUUCUUUCUUGAGCAGUAACAGUGUGUGUUCUACCUAAAGCACUGAGUUGAGCAUACUGUGUGCAGAGAAAUGCACUUGUAUCAUUCCAGGAAUGUGAGGUUUAACUUUCUUUUUUUCUUUUCUUUUCUUUUUUAAAGAGAGGUUUGUUAACUACAUUAUCUCUGAAAACAGACCAAAAUGUUUGGUGUCAUUUAUUUUCCCCACAAAAAAAAAAAAAAAAAAAAAAAAACACUGUUUUUUGUAUGGUCAUUUGCAGUUAUCAUCAUAAUUUUUUUUUUCUUUUGCUUUCCUGUAUUGCAGUGAGAAUGGAUGUUAGCCCCCUGGCCAUCUAAAGCCAAUGUUAGUUAAAAUGGGGCCUUGUUUUGUUUGUAGUCAUGUUCACUGUUAAGAUUUAGGGCUAUUUUAAAAAUGCAAAACAUUUCCUGUUGGUCUUUCCUUUUUUUGCCAUCCACUGUGUCUAAGAGAAGCUUGCAACAAAAGUGACAAUAUUUUACUCUCCUGGUUCAUUGUUUGGAACAUAAAGCAAUUGCAAAGUAUGAUUUAGUUGUGACUACUGUGACUUGGUUUGUGAAAGAACUACCUUAUUAUUUCCAAGUCACUGAUGAUGUAUAACAUCAAUGUUUAGACAGGUUUGGGUGUCAAUAUGUUAUUGUUGACAAAAUCCCUCAAUUCUCUGAGUUGAAAUGUUAAACUUGAGAUUGAAUGAAUAAACAAAGUCUUGACUGCA